AUGUUGCUUAAGAUUUCGACACCAAUAGACCGUGGCCUGACUAAAGUCUAUGAACACGGUUAUCAACAGAAUCGACACACCACCAGCGAAACGGCGAUUAUAGAGACUGAAUAUGGAAAAGUAGAGGGCAUCAAACGAUUAACGAUAUAUGAUGUACCCUACUACAGUUUCGAGGGCAUACCUUAUGCGCAACCACCUGUAGGCGAACUACGUUUUAGAGCGCCUCAACGACCCACGCCCUGGGAGGGAAUAAGAGAUUGCAAAAAUACCAAAGAAAUGGCGUUACAAACUCAUGCCAUUACUGGCACUUUGGAAGGAUCAGAAGACUGCCUCUACCUCAAUGUAUAUACGAAUAAUAUACAACCUGAUAAGCUACGACCUGUUAUGAUUUGGAUACAUGGCGGUGGAUUUAGCAUAGGUGAGGCUACUCGUGAUUGGUAUGGACCUGAUUAUCUAAUGGAAAAGGAUGUUGUGCUUGUAACAAUACAAUACCGGCUUGGAGUGCUGGGCUUCCUUUCGCUGAAUACUCCCGAAUUGAAUGUACCUGGCAACGCUGGCCUCAAAGAUCAGGUGCUGGCUAUUAAGUGGGUGAAAAAUAAUUGCUCAAGUUUUGGCGGAAAUCCGGACUGUAUUACUGUGUUUGGUGAAAGUGCUGGUGCAGCAUCUGCCCAUUGUAUGAUGCUCACCGAACAGACGCAGGGUAUCUUCCAACGUGUCAUUUUAAUGUCGGGCAAUGCUUUACCAUUGUGGGAGACGAAAAAUCAGACUGCUCGUGCUUUUACACUCGCCAAAUUGGCUGGAUAUAAGGGUGAAGAUAAUGAGAAGGAAGUUUUGCAAUUUUUGAGAAAAUGUAAAGCGAAAGAUCUAAUAGCGCUGGAGAAUCGAACACUUACAGCUGGCGAUCGUGCACGUAAUAUAAAUGCGCCAUUUCUGUAUUGUGUGGAGCCAUAUUUGACGCCCGAAUGUGUGAUACCAAAACCUAUUAGAGAAAUGAUGAAAACAGCGUGGGGUAAUGCGAUACCGCUGCUGGUCGGUCAUACGUCCGAUGAGGGGCUGAUAGCAAUGCAAGGUGCAAAACAAUUAGCCGCCUUAGCCCAAAGACAAAAGACUUACUCGUUGGAACCAUUUGUGCCCUUUGAAGUUGCCGUAAGUGAGGAAAGGGAAAAAUUUGAGCAGAAAUUGAAGGUAACGCAUGUCAGUGGGAAAAUACCAACGAUUGAGGAAUAUAAAAAGAUCAUAGAAUACAGUUACCUUCAUUUGCCUCUCUACCGACUUAUACGCUCACGCUUCACAUACGCUGCCGGAGCACCGCUUUAUCUCUAUCGUUUUGACUUCGAUUCCGAAGAGUUGCCACAUCCGUUUCGUAUUUUUCGCAUGGGGCGUGGCGUAAAGGGUGUGUCGCAUGCAGAUGAACUUUCUUACCUAUUUUCAAAUCUUUACUCACAUCGUGUGCCCAAAGAUAGUCGCGAAUAUCGCACAAUAGAGCGUAUGCUCGGAUUUUGGACACAAUUCGCGCUUAGUGGGAAUCCCAACGACGAGCAAAUACCCGGCAUGACAACACUGACGUGGGAACCGCUCAAGAAAAGUGAACCGAAAAUUCUCUGCUUAAAUAUAAAUGAUGACUUAAAGCUAAUCGAAUGGCCAGAAUUAGCAAAGGCUAAGGUAUGGGCGAGCGCUUACGAUCAUCAUAAGGAGUUGCUGUAUUGAAAAGGUGAGAGUGAGAAAAGAGCGCACAAUAACUUGAACAAUGAAAUUAGGCUCGUAAAUCCGAAAUAGUCAAUUAUGUAUAACAUAUGUAUGUAUAAGAAAAAACGUGAAUUGUUUAUUAUAAAUAUUUAUUGUUAUUUAAAUGAAUAUUUUAUUUUUC